CACACACCUCCUAUCUGGCAGUUACUAUGUUAUUAUCGAGGCUGCCCACUUCCGAGGCGGGCGGGCGCGCGCAGGCAGCAGACGUGUUUAUUGACAAAGAUCCUCCUGCCUGCCUGGGCGAGCGGUGACUGAGCGGCGCGGUGUGUGUGGUGCACGUUCCCCCGGAUUAUUAUUAGUGAAACGGGCGGGCAGGUCACUCUCGGUCCCACCUCCUCCUCACUCCUGCGCUCUGUCUUUCUCUCUCACUAGUCUCUCCUCCGUCUCUCGCUUAUUACUUCCUCUCGGUUCCCCUCUCCCGGAGAAUGAGCUCUUCCUCUCUGGGCACUGACACUCUCCCCGGCAGCAGGACGCAGGAGGGCGGCAUGAAGGUGAAGCAGAGCGGGGGGCAGGUGGUGGCAGCAGCUGGAGCUGGCAGCACGGAGGAGCAACUGCUCCGGCAACCUCACAUCACUCCGGAGGAUGUGCUCUUGUUGCAGAAGAUCACAGCCGAUUACUUAUGCACUCCAGAAGAGAACAUUUACAAGAUAGAUUUUACCAGAUUUAAAAUCCGUGACAUGGAAUCUGGAACAGUUCUGUUUGAGAUCACAAAGCCACCAGCAUCUGAACGAGAACACGGCGAUAAAAAGGAUGUUGAUCCAAACGCAGGCAGAUUUGUGCGAUAUCAAUUCACACCUGCUUUCCUCCGACUACGCCAAGUUGGAGCCACGGUUGAAUUUACAGUUGGUGACAAGCCUAUUAAUAACUUCCGAAUGAUAGAGAGGCAUUAUUUUCGUGAUCAGCUUUUGAAAAGUUUUGACUUUGAGUUUGGGUUCUGUAUUCCCAGCAGUAAAAACACAUGUGAACAUAUCUACGAGUUCCCCCAACUUUCAGAAGACCUUAUUCGUGAAAUGAUCAUACAUCCCUACGAGACGCAAUCAGACAGUUUCUACUUUGUAGACAACAAGCUAGUGAUGCACAACAAAGCAGAUUAUUCAUAUAGUGGAGGCCCUUGAUCUAGAAGGAUGCAGAAUAAAAAGAAAACAUUGAAAACAAGCCCCUUCCCCUAUAGCAGUUAAGUAAGGGAUUGCGCCCAGUUUGUUGUAGGAAGACUAUCCAGGCAACACUAUUCUGUUUGCUAGUAGGAGUUAUGACUUGAGCCUAAAUCUGCCCCCAAGCAUUUGUAGCACAUUAAAAUAGUGCAAGAAUAUUUUGUACAUCCUCCACCUGUUGGCAUAGAUGCCUUCAAAAUUAAUUCUCAACAAGAACGAGGUGACUGGGUUUCACUAGAACGACUGACGAUAGUUGGAUAAAUGUCUACAUCCUAUUCAGCAUAAUGGGUGUUCUCCUGGAACAAGAACUAUUAUUGGACACCCUUCAAGUUGUCUUAGAACUGACCUCUGUCAUAUCUCUUGGGCCAUAUGUCCUGGGACCAGCUUUUCUCAUAUCACUUGGACACAUCAGGUUUUCCCUUAGUUCUUUGUCAAAAAACGAGACACAUGGGAAGUAAAUUUGAAAGAUGUGUAAGCUUGGACCACACCAUUGUAAAGAAUAUCCAAGCCAAAGAUUGAAUCUGUUCUUCCUCAUGGGCUUGCACAUAUUGACAAAAAUCUGUAAUUUAAAUAUUUUUGUUCACUGGUUUUCCACUAAUGACUUGUCUAGAACGUCAGCCAGGCUUGACAAAUAUUUUCUUGAAAGGUUAGGCAUUACUGUAAGAGGUAGAGAGGAGCGAAAACGAAGGUUACCCCAACUGUAUGGUUUUUGUUGAAGAAUAUACAGAACUUGUGCAUUGUGUUAAAUAGGUUUUUUUUUGACAUUGGUAAAAUAAUUGCAAGGGAUACAAUGUUACAGUACAAAAAAGAACAAGUCUUUACACACAAGUUAAUGCAAUUCUGAGUACAUCUUUUGUCUACUAUUAAGGUGUUCCUAUUACCUAUGCACCACAGAAGUAGCCAUUCUGUGUGCUUGAACAAUAUUCGGAUCACUAGGUUUUGGUGACACGACUGAGACAUGUGAGGCACAAAAUUGUGAAUGCCUCGGGGAUCUCACUUGCUUCUACUGAAUUGAUAGGCUGUAUUCUCCUAAAUAUUAGUUGAAUUCACAAUAGAUCUCCUGGCUCUAUGUGAUGGGUAAAUUUUUAGGAAUCCUUUUGCAAUUUCCUAAGGAGGCAGUCAACAUACACUGUGUGUGUAAUGGAUAUACAGUAUGUCUAUGUAUAAUACAAUGUACAUAUUAUUGAAUUGUAUAAGAGAUUUGAGUGUGUUGCUGAAUCUGACCUAAUACUUGACUACAGUCUGUAUAUUGUAUAUGUGUUAUACUGGUUCAACUGAUGCAUAUUUUUCAAAUGUUAAAUGGGUGGGCAAUCUGAUGGCCAUGUCCGUAAAUUUAACCCAGUUUCUCAAUAGAUUGUAAUUUAUCACUGUGUGGUAAGGUUUCACUAAAUAAAAGGUGGACAAUGUCACAUGAUUUGACAUGGCAAAGUAA